AUGUCAUACGAUUACGUAAUAUGUGGGGGUGGAACAGCUGGUUGUAUCGUAGCUCGAAGAUUAGCUGAAAAUCCAAACGUGACAGUUUGUCUUAUUGAAGCCGGACCAUCUGAUGAAGGUGGUUGCAGUUCUCAUAAUACAGUUAUAGCGUUUAUAGCUCCGGCUGAGAAUUUGGAUCAAUGGGAACAGUUAGGAGCACAUGGUUGGAAUUCUAAAGCUACGCGAAAAUAUUAUAAUAAAGUAUUUGAGAAAGUUAAUUUGCACACAGUUCCACCGUUAAAUCCAUUAAAUCAAGCGUUUAUCGAUAGUUGUACGGCUGUGAACAUACCACAAAUAGAAAUGAAUUCGGACGCGUUUAUUAAUGAAUUUUCCAAUUGUUGUGGAUAUCUUCAGCUGAAUGUUACUGGAUUAGAUCGUUGUUCAAGUUCUCGUUCCUAUUUACAUCCGAUCUCAUCAUUACCGUCGAAUUUAACGGUUUUAACCAAUACAACUGUUACUAAACUCAUCAUUGAUCAACAAACUAUGAUUGUUACCGGAGUUCUCACCAAUACCAAUGAGAAUAUUAAAGUGAAGAAAGAAUGUAUAGUAUCCAGUGGAGCAUUUGACACGCCAAAAUUGCUUUUAUUAUCGGGUAUUGGGCCAGCACAACAUCUUCAGAAAAUGAACAUCCGCUGUAUUCUUAAUCUUGAAGGAGUUGGCUCAAACUUGAUGGACCAUCCAGAAUGUGUCAUCAUAUGGGAAUCGAAUUAUCCUUUACCCGACCAGGUGAUUCAACGAUGGGAGGCUGCUUUAUUUUUUAAAACUCAAACAUAUUCGAUUAAACCUGAUGUAAUGUUUCAUUUCGGUACGGAAGCAUACGAUAUACAAAAUAAUUUAUUUGGUUAUCCGUCAGAAAAACAAGCCUUUUCGAUCACAUUUAAUGUGAAUCAAGCUAAAAGUAGAGGACACGUUCAACUACGAUCAAACAAUUAUCUGGAUCCACCUCAGAUCGAUUGUCAAUACUUUGCUGAUGAACAAAAACAUGAUAAAACCGUUAUGAUAGCCGGAUUAAAAUUAGCAAGGAAAAUCGUUGAACAGUCCCCUCUUCAAAAGUGGGUAAAGUGUGAAUUAUCUCCAGGAGUACAAAUUCAAAGUGAUGAAGAAAUAUGGAAUUAUUGUAGGAAAGCGAGUACAACACUCUUCCAUGUCGCUGGAACUUGCAAAAUGGGUAAUGUGGAUAAUGACAAUAUGGCAGUUGUUGAUUCUCAAUUAAAAGUUAAAGGAAUUCAAAACUUAAGAAUUGCUGAUACAUCAGUUUUCCCCACAAUGAUAUCUGUUAAUCCAUGUAUUACAUGCAUGAUGAUUGGAGAAAAAUGUGCAGAUAUGAUCAGACAAGAUGAAUGA